AUGCUUCUUAGUGAGAUCAAGAAGAAGGCUUCCUAUUAUAUUCAAGACAAGUAUAAAUCGGCUCGCUUGGCCCUCACUGAUGUAACAGAAGCAGAGAUAUUGGCCGAAGAAGCGACAAACAGUGAUCCUUGGGGUCCUGAUGCUAAGUUGAUGACCAGGAUUUCUGAGGCAGCUCAUGACAUGGAUGACUACAGAAGAAUAGUUGAUGUUCUCCAUAAGAGAUUCUACACAAUGGACUGGAAGGAAUGGAGGCAGGCGUAUAAAACACUAAUCGUCUUAGAAUUCUUGUUGACUCAUGGUCCCGAAGGCAUGUUUGAAGAGUUCCAUUGCGAUCUUAACACCAUUCACGAUCUUGAAGACUUCACUUACGUGGAUGAAAAGGGCUUUGACUGGGGUGCAUGCAUGAGGAGCAAAUCCAAGAGCAUACUGAAGCUACUGAGUGACAAAGAUCAACUCAAAGAAGCUCGCGAAAAAGCUCUCCGGAUCUCAAGGGAAAUACAAGGAUUUGGUAAUCAAGUCGUCGUCUCUCCAAUCUCUUCUUGCUCAUCGAGGACAUCUAGAUCAUCAUUCGGAUCGUAUUCUAGCGACAGUCCCACUCUGGGCGGCCUCGAUGAAUCAUUCAUACAGGAGGAGCAUUACGAUUACUCGAGCGAUUCGAUAUCCAAUAGUUUGCAUAAAAGAUCACCGAAGAGCAAUAAUUCAACAUCUACUGAUCAUAAUAAAGAAGUGGAAGGGAUCCAUCUAUGGGAUUCACCCAUAGAUGAGGACAGCACUCUCAUCGAAUCAAAGAGAGAAGAGAAAGAAGGAUUGGCUGGUUGGUCUCCUCGAUUUUAUUCAAGGAUUUUUGGAAGUGCUCAUCAAGUGAAAAGGGAUCAUAAUCAGACUCCCAAGAAGAAGAUGGAGAGACAAUCUUCUUUGGUUUCUGAUAAUUCAUAAUCCGCUCUUUGAUUUUCUAAAUUGUAUCUUUAUGACUGUUUUGCGAUAAAUAAAAUUGGAUUAAUA